AUGGAUAGUAACAGAUUGUUCUACGCAGACGACUUGAAAUUAUACGCCAAAAUUGAUUGUUUUAGCGAUUGCUUAAAUCUUCAACAUGAUUUAGAUAAAGUUUAUAACUGGUGUUGCGAGAAUUGUCUGUUUCUGAACAUUGGUAAAUGCAAGGUGAUAUCUUACAGUCGUAAAAGGCAGAUUACUCAGUUUGACUAUAGCAUUAAUAAUGACUUAAUACAACGUUGCUCGAAAACUACUGACUUAGGCUUCAUAUACAGAAAUUGUUCUGAUUUUAGAAAUAGAAACGAUAGUUUGAAGACCCUAUAUUACGCUUUGGUGCGUUCUAAACUCGAGUAUUGCUCUCUAAUUUGGUAUCCUGUGUACUCCUAUAUGGUUAAAGGGAUAGAGCGUAUCCAAC